UUCAGAGGCACUUCCGCAUUUCGUCGACUUCUUUUACCUUACUUAAGUGAUAUGCAUUUCAGUCAUCCUCAUCCAUUGAUUUCCUUUCUAGAUGAGAUGGAAGUGGAUGCAUUUACUGAUAACUAUCAUUCUUGUAAAAUUUGUGGUUUGCCAAUUCUAUCUGCUCCCUCCUACACUUGCACCUUCGCUGCUUGUGAUUUUUUUCUGCACGAAUCUUGUGCGCACCUCCAACAAGAAUUCAUCCAUCCCAAUCAUCAUCAAUACCACACCUUUUGUCUCCAAGUAGGAAGUCCAAAUUUCUUCUACAAAUGUGAUAAGUGCGGUCUCGAAAUGCAUCCUUUGGAUGCCGCAUUGGAUGGUGUUGAGAUCAAAAGCAAACACAAGAGCCAUCUACUUCACCCUCUCGUGGCUCACCGUAGACAGAUUUUGACUCGUUGUGAUGCGUGUGGGGAGAGACAAGAUGGUUUCUUCUUCUCCUGCCAACAAUGUAAUUUUUGGAUUCAUCAAGACUGCACCAUACUACCUACCACUCUCAAGCUCCUCUCUAAUCCUUGGCCUUUCCUUCUCGUAUAUUCUAUUCAUGCUAUUUCCCGAUUAUACUGCAUCGUUUGCCUCGAAUCCUUGCUUCCUACCCAUAAUGCCAUCUAUUUGUGUCCCCAAACCUUGGAAUUUUCUCAUGUCAGAUGUGGACUCGAGAAUAUUCAAUCCAAAACAAGACUGGAGUUGAUCCAACUGCCGGGCGACGAGUUUGACACAUUUCCAAGUUUGGAGAUCCGUACAUACUCCCAGGAUCCUAGUCAUGAAAAUGAGAAUUUUCAUGAGCAUCCUCUGAUCCUAGUUGGUGAUAAGGAAGAUGGUCACACUUACAAACUAGUGUGUGAUAUAUGCAUACAAACCAUUACUAUUCCAUCUCCAUUUUACAGAUGCUCUCAACAAACUGGCGGCUGCUCUUUCCUUGCUCAUAAACUGUGUUCAGAGCUUCUCCCCAUUAUCAAGUCUGAGAUUCCAGAUGGUUUUCGCAUAGAUACAUUUAAGUCACAACCUUGUCCAUACCAGGCCAAAUGGUUCUUCAAUUCAAUUUUUUUCUGUAUUUUCUGUUGUCUUCCUUGCAAUGCACCUUGCCACUUCUUUCCUGAGACUGGUUUUGGUUUGAAUCAUAUCCCCUGCACGAUGGUUGAUCUGUCGUGCAUGGCUGCUCCAAGCAUUAUAAAGCACAUCUCACACAGUCAACACCUUCUCUUUCGCACCAGUGCCUAUAGGCUGGCCUCCCCCAUCAGUUGUUGUUCUCGUCGCUCCUUGCUUUAUGAUGUCUAUAAGUGCACUAUCUGUGAUUUCUGGAUUCAUAUAAGGUGCGCCUUGCUACCAAAAAGGGUUCGUUUUCGUGAAUUUGAUCAACAUCCACUGAAUUUGAUCACUACCGCUACUAAUAUUAGUAGCGGUAGUGAUCAUGAUAUAUGUGAGGUGUGUGAGGAGGGUAUAGAGUGCAAGUAUUGGUUGUACCACUGUGCUAAAUCAUUCCGGGAUUGGUAGAUCAAGCAGCUUUCUCCUGUUCACAAUGCGAUUAUUGGAUUCAUUUUUCUUGUGCAAGGGAUUCAUUCACCUCCUCCCAGGAUUGUACAUCCUUGGUUUUCGAGGAAAUCAAUGAAGGGGUAACGGCAUCUAUGAUGAGGCCCUUAGGUCCGCCCUAAAGGGCUCCCUAUGCUCCGCCAUAUCAUUAUUCUAUCUUCCUACCCUUCCACUUGCAGUGGGACGUCCUAAAGUCCGCCAUAUACUUUUAACUAUUAUUUUGUAUUUGUUUUUUGUUUUUUAUGUUUGCAAAUAUAUCAAUUAGCAAGAAUAAAUAAAAAAAACGCCGCAAAUUAAAG